AAGAAGCCAUAUUAAAAUUUUAAAUUUCCAUGUGAUUGUCGCAUAUGCAUCUUUCUAGGCCCAUUUAUACAAAGCCGCAGAUCUAGCAUGACCGUACAUACGAUCUCCACCGUCCGAUUAUUUUCCAUCCAACGGUUCUUACGUCACCAUCACUACGCCCGCUCGUCUGCCUCCACGAAAAUAAAAGAAAGAAAAAGAAAACAAAAUCGGCGUUUCUUCGAGGGCGGUUCUUCUACUUCGUCAUUCGGACCCAGAGAAAUUAGGGCAACGGAAUUUGGGCGAAAAGUUUCUUCGUUGCUGCGAAGACCCUCUUCUUGAUUCCUAGAGGAUUUGCUGGAUUCGAGUCUGCGAUUGUAGAAUUUUAGGGAUCUGAUCAAAGUUUGUUCGUGGAGAGGGUUUCGCGGUAGGGUUUAGGGGCUGUAUCUAGGGGUGGAUUUUGGCCAUUUCAUGGCAUUUGAAUGCCAGGAGAGUGUUAAAGUUGCAAACAAAUUGGCGAAUUUUGGCGAGAGUUUGUGCGAGCAAGGAACUAGGAAUGAUUUGUUGGGUUCUGGUUUCAUCAGAGAGAAUGGGUCUCUUGAGCUUUCGAGAGUGAAGCCAUGUUGUCAGCUUAAGAAGGAAUUUCCAGUCUCUAUUGACUCGAAACAUUUGCCCAGUGAGAAAGUUUUGUCUAGUUAUCAACGUUCGAUCAUUGACCUGCCUUCGGCGUUGCUAUCUGAGAUUCUUGAUUGCCUUGACCCGAAAGAACUAGGUAUAGUAUCUUGUGUUUCGACUAUUCUGCAUAGGUUAGCAUCGGAGCAUCAGGCAUGGAAGGAGUUCUAUCGUGAGAGAUGGGGAAUCCCUGUUGUUCCUGGCCCAAGAACUCCGGGAUUUACCGAUGAGAAGUCAUGGAAAGAAUUGUUUGUUGAGAGGGAAUUUAGGAGUAAAACCUUUUUAGGACGAUACAACUCUGAUGCAUUGUAUGGUCACACUGAGGCCGUCCGGACCGUUUUCCUUUUGGCUUCUGCCAAGCUCAUCUUCACUUCGGGAUAUGAUUCCAUUGUGCGGAUGUGGGAUAUGGAGGAAGGCUUGUCUAUUGCAUCGUCUAAGCCACUCGGUUGCACAAUUAGGGCAGUUGCAGCGGAUACAAAACUGUUGGUUGCUGGUGGGACUGAUGGUUUUAUACACUGCUGGAGAGCGGUGGAGGGUGUUCCACACCUGUUUGACCUGAAAGGUUUUCAGAAGGAGAACACUGAGUUUCGACUUUGGGAACAUGAGGGUCCUAUCACUUCUCUUGCCUUAGACAUGACAAAGAUCUUUAGUGGUUCAUGGGACAUGUCUGUUCGUAUAUGGGACCGAUCUUCGAUGAAGUGCAUCAACAUUUUGAGGCAUAGUGACUGGGUUUGGGGCCUCGCACCUCACGAGACCACCGUUGCUAGCACAUCGGGUUCAGAUGUAUAUAUUUGGGAUACUAACAAUGGGACUCCGCUGGUGAUUAUCCGUGGUGCUCAUGAGGGUAACACUUACUCAUUGGCGAGAAGCCAUACCGGGGAUUAUCUGUUUACCGGUGGAGAAGACGGAGGAAUCAAAAUGUUUGAGAUCACGAGACAAGGUAACGAGACGAACGUAGUUCUCGUGUCUAAGUGGAUGCCUCACACUGGCCCUGUGUAUUCUCUGGCCUUUGAGUUUCCCUGGCUUGUUUCCGCAUCUGGUGAUGGUAAACUCGCACUGAUCGAUGUGAGGAAGCUGUUGAGGACUAGUCGUCGUUCUUUGACCAAAAGGGUUUCUAGGGUUAGCUACAAUGAUCAGAAUAACGUGGAACCACCGCAAAGAAUGCUUCACGGGUUUGGAUCGAACUUAUUCUCUGUCGAUGUGGGGGCUGACCGGAUAGUUUGUGGGGGCGAAGAAGGCGUUGUCCGGAUCUGGAAUUUCACGGAAGCCCUCGAGGUUGAGCGAAGGGCUCGGGCUCUCAAAGGCAUGAGACUUGAGAGCAGGAUGAGACGGAGAAGAUUACAGAUGGAGAUGAACGCAAAGGGUGGAAGAUCUGACCACCAAUGCUCGGUUGCUGCACAUAAGAGCUCGAUCAAUGGUGACAGAAACCGGGCUUGGCAUAGCAGAAGAGGAGGGAACAGCAAGGUGAAGGCAUAACAAUGGUGCAAUUCUGCAGUUCCUGCGAAACCCUAAUCGUCUUUCUUCAUGGUUGGAUUGGUCUGUCUGUCUGAGAGAGAGUAAUAGAUUUGAGACCAAAAGAGAAUAUCAAAGUCUGAGUUCCAUUGUUGGACAAAGUCAUAUGAUUUGGUUUUUUAAAAAAGAAGUAUUCAUGAGCUUUAUGCCCCUUGUUAAGACACAAAUUCGAUGGGUGUCUUUUUUUUCUCUCUAUUUCAUAUGGAGAAGUCUUA